CCGCCUAUGUGCUGUAUGGAUUUCGAGGCCACGUGGUGUGCCCCCAACGCGAACGCGAAGAAGCGGUGGCCAUGGCCGACUUGGACCUCGUCGCGACGAUCGAGGACGAUGACGAAGUGAGAGUCGCCUCGGAGGAGAGCGACUCUGGCGACGACGAGGAUGGGACCGUCGUGAAGAAGAAAAAGAAGAAGGCCCAGCCGGUGGUGCGUGGCCGCUGUGCCGACUUCAGCGAUGACUUCGCGUUCAUGGAGCGCGACGGGGAGAUCGCCAUUGACUGGGAGCGGGACAUCAUGCUGAUGGCCAAGAAGAAGCGUCAUGCAACCACGCUGGAUGAGAAGAUUGCGGAAGUGAGGCGCAAGAGAAAGAAAGCGGAUACCUCCGAAAACGACGACAAAGGGAAGGAAGAUGAAGAUGAAGGCAAAGAGGAUGGAGCAAAGGAUGUGGAGAACGGAGAGAAUGAAGCAGAAAGCAGCGAAGAGGGUGACGAUGAGAGUGACAAUGAAGCGACGGGAUCCUCAUCGGACGAUGACGUUCAGAAAUCCGACGUUUUAAAGGAAAAGGUGAAAAAGAAAAAGAAGCUUAAAGGCGAAGAGAAGCCUUUCUUCGAAGAUGCGCCUUUCGUUGAUAAAAACAUCACCUUCCCGGACAUGAACCUCUCUCGGCCUCUUCUUAAGGCGAUAUCCAGCAUGGGGUUCCUGCAGCCGACACCCAUCCAGAAGUCCUGUAUCCCCGUGGGGCUCCUGGGCAAAGACAUCUGUGCCUGCGCUGCAACAGGCACCGGCAAGACGGCGGCGUUCAUGUUGCCGGUGCUGGAGCGGCUCGUGUACAAGCCGCGGCAGGCCCCCGUGACGCGAGUGCUCGUGCUGGUGCCGACCAGGGAGCUCGGCAUCCAGGUGCACUCGGUCACGCGCCAGCUCUCGCAGUUCUGCAACGUGCAGACCUCGCUCGCCGUGGGCGGCCUGGACAUCAAGACGCAGGAGGCGGCGCUGCGUGCAGGCCCCGACAUCCUCAUCGCUACACCGGGCCGACUCAUUGACCAUCUGCAAAACUGCCCAUCCUUUGAUCUGAGCAGCAUCGAGAUUCUCAUCCUGGACGAGGCUGACCGGAUGCUGGACGAGUACUUCGAAGAGCAGAUGAAGGAGAUCAUCCGGCAGUGUUCGCACCAGCGGCAGACGAUGCUCUUCUCUGCGACAAUGACCGAUCAGGUGCAGGACCUUGCGGCGGUGUCGCUGAAGCACCCGGUGAAGAUCUUCGUGAACAGCAACACGGACGUGGCCCCGUACCUGCGGCAGGAGUUUGUGCGAAUCCGCCCCAACCGGGAGGGAGACCGCGAGGGCAUCGUGUCAGCGCUGCUGACUCGCACCUUCCAGGACCACGUGAUGGUGUUCACGCAGACCAAGAAGCAGGCGCACCGCCUGCACAUCCUGCUGGGGCUGCUGGGGCUGCGCGUGGGCGAGCUCCACGGAAACCUGUCCCAGACACAGCGACUGGAGGCCUUGCGGAGGUUUAAGGAUGAUCAGAUUGACAUUCUGGUGGCAACGGACGUGGCGGCACGAGGUCUGGACAUCGAGGGUGUCAAAACCGUCAUCAACUUCACGAUGCCGAGCACCAUCAAGCACUACGUGCACCGCGUCGGGCGCACAGCGCGCGCCGGUCGCGCCGGCCGCUCCAUCUCACUCGUCGGCGAGACGGAGCGCCGGGUCCUCAAGGACAUUGUCAAGCAGGCCAGGUCCACCGUCAAGAGCCGCGUUUUGCCCCCAGAGGUGGUGGAGAAGUUCCGAGUUAAGAUUGAGAACAUGGAGAAGGACAUCUACGCAGUGCUACGCCUGGAGCGAGAAGACAAAGAGCUCUGCGCCUCCGAGAACCAGCUCAGUAAGGCGCAAAAGCAGCUGGACGGAACGGUGCAGGACGAGGCGGCGAGGACCUGGUUCCAGACCAAGAAGGAGCGCAUGCAGGAGAAGGCCAGGAAGGCGCUGCAGCAAUACGACACGGCCCUGAUGGGCAAGAAGAAACGGCAGGAGCACGUGAAGGAGCUGCGCAAGAAGCAGCAGACGCCAGAGGACCGGGCCCAGUUUGAGAUCGUCAAGGCGCAGAUGUACGCUGAGCGCACGAUGAAGCGCAGCCGCAAGCCCAAGAGGGCUCGCGUCAUGCCGGAAGACCUGCCCCGUCCCAAAGAAGACACACGCCCCACCAAGAUCGCCACGUUUGACCGGGAGCUGACCAACACGAGCCGCAAGGCCCUCAAGCAGUACCGCGCCGGGCCGACGUUUGACGAGCGCAAGAAGCUCGGGAUGGACACCCGCAGGAAGGGCGGAAAGUUCAAGUCCAAAGGACGGUAUAAGAGGAAGUGAUGGCGUUCACUCGCAGAGGAGGGAGGGCCUGGCGCGUGCUGGGUGGCGGUGGGCACAUUCUGACUUCAGCCGAGUGCUGACCCAGCCCUUGGCUUCGUGUUUGCCACCCAACCUGGACAUUUCAUUCCAUCCACACACGAUCCAUUCAGGUGGGGCCCAAUCAAGACAACCUACCCGCGUUAUCCAUUUAGGGCCACUAAUCUUCUUGUGAUCAGUUUCCAUAAAUUGUGAAUAUUGUUUUAAUUUUAACUCGGCACAGGGCCUGUUGUUUUGAUCGGAUGCGGCCCGUUCAGAUUGGUCACUAUGUACAAUAUGCCAAUCUGGAUUAAACUUAUUUUUUUAUUAUACCGGAUAAGGCCCACUGAGCUAUAAAGUUAUUUUUCAGAAGUGACGAAGUGGCUUAUCAUCAUGUGGAAAGUUAUCGCAGCCAAAUACUCUAAAAGCAUGUUUCUAAAUGUGGAGGAGGGAAAAACCCGAGGACCCGGAGGAAAAUCCACGCGACCACGGUGGAGAACAUGCAGAGUUCAAAUACACAGGCGUUUAUUUAUAUGAUAUAUAUAAAAUAUUUUCCGUUUGGCACGUUCUGUGGCAGCCAGGCAUGAAAACAUCCGCAGAUCCUAAUUGACCUUGCCAUGUGUUUUUGCAAUGGAUAGGGACACAGCACAAUUCAUGACUCGAUUGCCAUCGUUUAUAAAGUGGGGGGAGCGCAGCGUGUAAAUGUUUAAUAGGGGCAGCGUGCGCGUGUGUGACAUCUGUGUUCGGCAUCAAGUUGUGCUUUUGUACUAUACAAUACACGCCCCUCCUGUGUUUCAUUAAAAUAAACACCGGCUUGUUCGUUCUGUA